AUGCAUUGUCUCCUGGAGGGUCUCGCGCACGCUCAUUUCCGCGAAUUUUUAGGCCUCACUGCUGACUCUGCACAUUGCAAGGCUGAUCCUAUCCCUGCUUUCGAUCAUCUCUUUCUCAAUGUCGAGCUUAACAAACCCCAAGACUUCAGCGAGAAAGAUAUCAGGGUUGUCAAGUCAAUUCACGGCCUCCUUACAGAAGCGGUUCCCAACCUUGAGGGAAAUGACGCGCAGCUAAUUGAGGACCACAUCUCCAACUUAGAGAGGAAAUUAUUGUCGAAGAAGGUCUCGUGUCUUCGAUUCGUGUCAGUAGGCUUGGGCAUUGGGCCAGGUGUCACACACCCUGGCAAAAAGUAUACAAAGCCCACUGGGUUAGAUCUCUUAUCGCUUGGGUCACAUCGAACGGAACCGUUCACUCCUGGGUCGUCGACAUUGUGUAUCACUACCCCAGAAGUCAUGCAACGUAUUACUGAUGUCAUUCGGACAGCAGAUACGCCCUCUUCAUUGAGAUCAGUUCCCUAUAACUUUGGUGAAACCAAAGCUGGGACUAUAAAGGCCGAUGAAUGGUGCACGUUAACGACUGUAUACUUGCCCAUAGUGCUAGUUAGUUUAUGGGGCGAGGGGUCUACACACCGCAACUCAGAAAUUGCAGCCAACUGUCAUGCAAUCCUCGACCACACGAUGGCCCUCAUAUCUGCUGUUCAUAUUACACUACUCCCUCACGCACCACAUCGCACUAAUGGUCAUAUGGCCUUGCACAUGUGGGACUACCUACAGCUCUUUGGUCCUGUGCGAUCAUGGUGGUGCUUCCCAUACGAGCGCCUCAUUGGCAGCUGCAGCGACUGCCCAGCAAUCAUAUUUUUGGUCAGCAAGAAUCAACUCUCCUCCACUCAUAUAUCCAGGCUGCGAAGCUCAAAUACUGGCUCAACUGACCUUCUUGUCCUCCCGUUGUUUAGGGAUGUAAAGGCUUUAUUUGACAGAUUUGUGUCACCCUUAAUCGAUACUAAUGAUCUGCGUGAAGAUCGCAAGACAUCCCCUAUAUCAGCAAAUGCAACACCGGAAGACCUCCGCAAGCUCAUUCAUGUUCGGCGGGUAGUCUUACAUGCUCGCACACUCUACGGGGGGUCAAUCUAUACCCGUUAUUCCACCCAUGUGGGUAACAGCCUUAUCCUCUAUUAUCCUUCCGGCGCCAGGAACAUGCAACGAACUCCAGGAAUCAUCAAGUACAUUUUUGAAAUGGAGCAAGGAGUGCGCUUUGCUGUGCAGCGCCACCUCCCGCUGGACUCUCAUCCAGAUCUGUUUCGCCACUAUCCUCACUUCCCUGCUUGUUUAUAUUCAUCGGCCCUCGCUGAAAAUCUUGAAAUUGUCAUGCCGGAGUGGGUGGUGUCGCAUUUCAUGCGGUGGAACUUCUCUGCACGUCAUAUUGUUGUUGUUUCCCUCUGUCUGGUGCAUCCCUCUCCGUGA